AAACCAUAGAAAUAAAAAACAUUAAAAAAAAUGAACCAAUUCAUCAGAGGUGGGCCUGUCCUUCAAGUUCCAGCCUCCACCACAGAUUACUCACACAAUUUCUGUUUCCCAAAGCACACAAUUCAUAUUCACAUUCACAUUUCUUCUGUGUUUUAUUUUCAUUUAUUUUUGGUCAAGUUUAUUUUCAUUUUUUUUUUUUUUUUUUGGUAUAAGUUUAUUUUCAUUUUUUAUUAGUAGUAGUAUUAACAAAACCAUAAAAUAAUUAAUAAUAAAUUCAAAAUAGUUAUUCUCCUAAUUCCUCAUCUAAUAUUCAUGUUCAUUGAUUCCAACGUGCUCUCCUCUUUCUUUCUACUCUCUCCAACUGUACAACGUUUGAAAAUUUUGAUUUAUUUUAUGAACUUGUCUCUUUCCUUUGUUUUUUUAGUCAAAAACUGAAACACCUAACCGUUUUACUCACUGCUCAAUCUCAAAGCGUGUUUCUUUCACAUUUGCUUUCUCACUUUCAACUUCCACACUUGUUGCUUUCUGUUUCUUCAAAACCCUCUACUUGGUUUUUCCAUUAACUGCUUCAACUGAAAAAAAAAAAGAAGGUGGUCCUUCUUCCUUUACUUUCAUUCAUGGGGAAGGUCACAACUUCUUCAACACCGCCUUUAUCUCAAGAAGCUUCCAAUUUCGAUGAGGUUUAUAUGCAGCAGAGUUUGCUCUUUGAUGAUAGCCUCAAGGAUUUGAAAAAUCUGAGAACACAGUUAUAUUCAGCAGCCGAGUAUUUUGAACUCUCGUACACCAACGAUGACCAAAAACAGAUAGUGGUGGAAACACUGAAAGAUUAUGCCAUCAAAGCUCUUGUAAAUACAGUGGACCAUUUAGGUUCUGUGACCUUUAAAGUGAAUGACUUGUUGGAUGACAAGGUUGUUGAAGUUUCUGGAGCGGAGCUACGCGUAUCUUGUAUUGAACAGAGAAUGAGGACUUACCAAGGGUAUAUGGAUCACGGGGGGCUUACCCAACAAUCAUCGGUGAUCAGUACUCCAAAAUAUCACAAGCGUUAUGUCUUGCCAGUUGGGGAGACCAUGAUUGGCGCCAACCGCACGAAGUCAAAAUACGAAGGAUGCAGCCUUGAUGACGAAGACGAAUGGCCUCACUUUAAGAAUGCUGUUCGAGCCACAAUUAGAGAAACGCCAACAUCUACAACAAGUAAAGGGCGUUCCCCGUCACCUUCUGUACAAUCUCAGAGACCUGGACCCUUUUCAUUCACUUCAAGCAUGUCCAAAAAAGAUUUAGAUAAACGGUCAGUUUCACCAUACCGGUUCCCGCUUCUACGUACUGGUUCUCGGUCAAGUAGGCCUACAACACCGAAGCCGAGUAGACCAACUACUCCAAAGCCGAGUAGGCCAACUACUCCAAAGCCAAGCAGACCAAUCACACCAAAUCCUUCUAAUGCAAAACAAAGGUACCCUUCGGAGCCACGCAAAUCAGCUUCAAUGCGAUUAUCUGCUGAAAGAGACAACGGAAAAGAUGUAGAACAAUACCCGAGUAAAAGUAAACGUCUCCUGAAGGCCUUAUUAAGCAGACGCAAGUCUAAGAAGGACGACACACUUUAUACAUACUUGGACGAGUAUUGAUACCAUAUAACUAUAGAAAGCAUGGCAAAAGGUGUCAUAGAAUCUUGAAAACAAAUCUAUUUUUGUUUGAUAGGUUGUACUUCAUCAUUUCAUCUGAACUGUAUAAUAUAGUUGUUAUUUUCCAGUAUUUUACUAUUGCAAGCUCACAAAAUCAUGUGUAAUGGUUCAAGAAUCUUUUUAAACGUGGAUCAUUUAGUUAUAUAAUCAAAGUAAAUUUGGCUUCA